AUGUCUGAAUUCCCCAGUAUCCAGCCCGCUUUCACAAUUAAGAUCGCGCUUGACCCUGCGCUUGCAGUCGGCAGCGCUUCUCGAGGAGCAACCUUACAGGUUAUUCCCUUCUCUAGCGGCACUUUCAAGUCGGCCGAAGGCUUCUCCCCUUCCAUCGAUGCCGAAAUCGUCGGCGUCGGUAAUGACUACAUUCACGCCGACCCAGAUGGUUCGCGUCUGCGCCUGGACGCUCACGGGACUAUCAAGACCCAGGAUGGCGCUCUCAUCUACGUUAACUACACUGGUGUCGUCACAGUGGGCGAUGCCGAGUCUAACAUUCUCACUGGUAAAACUACAGAAGGGGCGACGCCUUUCGGCAACUCUUUCACCCACGUUACGUUCGAGACCGGACAUGAACGCUACAAGGAUCUCGAGAACCGUGUCUUCGUUGGGAAAGGCCGAUUCGUCGCUGAGAAAGAUAAGCCGCUUAGUGUUGAGUACAGAGUUGGCCAGGUUGUGCAUGCGUAA